AUGAUCGAGGACGAGCCCAAGGGAGAUCAGGGGGGAGCACUCGACGUUGGACCUGAAGUGGAACAGGACGAAUAUGUGAUAAUUGAUUUUGAAUAUGACGAGUCUGACCAGGAGUUAGACAAAGAGAAGGGCGUAGAGGAGGCACGUAGUGAACCCCAGUUGUCGAAAGCCCCGCCAGAUUCCUGCACAGUUCAAAGGGUUGAUACAAACUAUCUACGCUCUCUCGAUGAGGCAAUUAUCAGCCUCAAGCUUCAACUUAUUACGGCCAAGGCAAGGGCUGUACAAGCCGAGCAAAGGGUAGAGGUAAUCACCCAAGAGGCGGAUGAACUGGUAGAACUCCUGAUACGCCAGCUCGACGAUUGA